CCCAAGGCCGUGUUCCUCCGGUCCCCCCGCUGCCCGUUCCCGCCCGGAGCCUUUUUACUGCGGCACCUCAGCGGGCGCUUCGGCAGCGCCCUCAGCUCCCGGUGCGGCUCAGCGGCCUCGGGACCGGGAUCGGGACCGGGAUCGGGAUCAAGAUCGGGACCGGGACCAGGACCGGGAUCGGGACCGGGAUCGGGACCGGGAUCGGGAUCAAGAUCGGGACCAGGACCGGGAAUCGAGAGAAGCUCCGGGGAGGACGCCGGGGCCGCCUCAGAGCGAACCUCCCGCUCCUGCCGCGCGCUAGCCAAUAGCAAGGCAAGGAUUCGUGAUCGACAGCAAAACGAGCCAAUGAACAUCAGAGUACAGCAAAGCACCCGCCCACACAACCACGACCAAUCAGAAGCUACGAUGAACCUUGAUGGACAGCUAGAAGAGCCAAUAAAACCGCGAGGCUCCGCCCCUAGGGUGGAUCUCGCUCGCUGAUUGGCCGACGCAGCGCGCAGACCCGGAGCUUCCCUCGGCGGCGGCGGCGGGAAGAAAUCGCUGGAAUUCCGGAACGUUCCCCCGACUGCCGCCAUGGCUCCGUCGCGCAGCCGCUCCACCCACAUCCCGCCGUGCAUCCCCAAGCGCCAAUUCCCGCCGGGAUAUUCCGAUUCCCUCCUCUUCCUCUGCGCCCGCCGCAUCGUCGCCCACCACCCCCUGCCCGUCCUCCCCGCCCUCCCCGCCCACCUCUACCCCAUCCUCUUCCAAGCGGCGUUCCUGGACGGGAGGCCCCUGGUCCUGCGCGAUUUGGUGGCCGCGUGGCCUUUCCCGGUGCUCAACUUCCAGCGCCUCGUGGGGCGCCAGGAGCUGCUCCGCGAUCACCCCUGCAAGCUCUGCGUCCAGGCCGUCAUCCUGGCCGUGGUGGCGCAGCUCCGGCGGCAGCUGGAGGAGCCCGGCCACCAUUCCAGCGCAUGUCGCCUACGCGUGCUGGACGUGACGGGAGUUCCGGACGAUCCCGCCGGCCGCACUCCAGACGGGAUGAGCACGCCCUGGUCCGGCACGGUGGCUUUGGCCAAGGCUUGCGUGGAGGUGUCCAAGCACCAGCGGGAAUUCCAGAGGCGCGGAUCCAAGCGGCACAAAGGCCGCUCCGGAGCCGCCGUUGCCGCGGCGGCUCCACAGCCCCCGGGCGUGGAUGUCCACGCCGACCUGUUCGUCAACGGAAUGUCCUACGGGAUCCUGCGCGACGCCCUCCAGACCGGAGCCGCCAGCCCGCUGCGCCUCAAGUGCCGCGAAUUCCAAGCAGAAAAGCUCUCCCUGGCCGGCAUCGUGAGCCUGCUGGAAACUCUGGAUCCCUCCUGCGUGCGGAGGGUGGAUCUGCGCUUCCGGAAUUUGGGAUUGACCGGGCUCUCGGUGAUCCUGCCGCACCUCUCGCGCUUCCCGGAGCUGCGUAGCCUCAAGCUCCAGUACAGCAACGUGGACGUGCGGCGCCCGACGCCGGAAUCGGCCAUCGGAAUCCGGUGCCUGGCCGGGCAGCUGGGAAUGCUGCCCAGCCUCCGCGAGCUCAACCUGGGAUCCUCCCGGCUCUCCGGGAAUCUGCGCCAGAUCCUCUGCGACCUCCAGGCUCCGUUGGAAAGCUUGGAAUUGGCCUUCUGCUCCCUCGUUCCCGCCGACCUCGCCUUCCUCUCCCAAAGCUUCCACGCUCCGGCCCUCAAAAGGUUGGAUCUGAGCGGCCACGACUUCUCCCAAGGCCUCCUGGAGCCGCUGCGGCUGCUCCUGGAGGAAACCUCGGCCUCGCUGCUGCACCUGGAUCUCAUGGAAUGCCGCAUGGCCGACUCCCACCUGGACGCGCUGCUGCCGACGCUGCGGCGCUGCUCCCGCCUGCGCUUCCUGGGACUCUACGGCAAUUCCCUGUCCACGGCUGCGCUCAAGGAUCUGCUCCAGAAAACCUUGGAGCUGCCCGAUCUCCACCUGGUCGUGUAUCCCUUCCCCGUGGAUUGCUACAAGCCGGAGCCUCCGCGCCGAGUGCCCGGAUCCCGACGGAUUUACGAGGAGCCCAUGGACGGCGAACGUUUGGCCGCGGCGACGGCGGAGAUUUCCCAGCUGCUGGCGAAUUCCGGGAGAACCGACCUCGUCUGGACUUACAACCCCUACGGCCACGGGACCCUGGACUACUUCUCCUUGUGAUUUGGGAAAAGCUCGGAGCCUCCGUGGCGGAAAAGCGCCGCCGCCGCCGCCUUCCCAAAAUCCGGGCGUUCUCCGCCGCGUCCCGGUGCUUUUCCGCCUCAUUCCAGUGGUUUUUUUUUUCCCCUUAUUUCGGUGCUUUUCCACCAGUUCUUGGUAUUUUUCCAGUUCAUCCCGCUUUUUUUCCUCCUCAUCCCAAGUUUUUCCCGAUUUCGUAGCUUUUCUGCUGCCUUUUGGAGUUUUUUCCUUCCCAUCCCAAUAGUUUUCCUCUCCUCCCGAUAUCUCCCCCCUCAUCCCGGUAUUUUUCCAUCCAUUUCAUUAUUUUUCCGCCUCAUCCCGAUGGUUUUCCUCCCAUUUUAUGAUUUUUCCAAUCCAUCCCAGUGUUUUUCCAUCAGGAUUGGCUUUGCAUGGCCAAAUUCCGGGAGGCUCCGGGGCUGGAUUUCAUGGGAAGCUUCCAGAAGCUUCUCCCGUGUCCGGCCGAUCCCGUCAGGAACGGCGGCGACGCCCUUGGAGUAAGAAUUAAGUUGGGAGAAACCAAUCCAGGCACAGAUGGAAUUCCGGAGCAGGAAUUUUGCAAAGGAACGACUCCGGAGGUGAUUCCGAGGCGCUGGAGUGGAAAUUCCCAAAAAUUCCGUGGCGCAUCCCACGGGAAGCUCAUCCUGGAGCUGGACCUUGGCGAGGACCUGUGGAUCCGUGGAAAAAAAGGGAGCAGAUUCUUGCGAGGAAUCCCACGGAGGAAAAAAACCUUUGGAGCAGGAUAUUCCCAAAGGAUUGACCCCUUGGAAAAAUCCACGAGGAAUUGUCUUCCACGGGAACGACGCCUUGGAGAAAUCCAUGGAAAACUCUUGCCGUGGGAUGGAUUUGCGUCAGAAAAUGCAUGGAAAACUUACCUUGGGAUGAAUUCACGGAGAAAUCCAUGGAAAACUCUUUCCCAUCGCCGAGAAAACCAUGGAAAACUCACUGUGGGAUGGAUUCACCUCGGAGAAAUCCAUGGAAAACUCGCUGUGGGAUGGAUUCACCUCAGAGAAAUCCAUGGAAAACUCCUCUGCGAUGGCCUCCAGCGCUGCCAGAGGGAUCGAGGGAAAGCCGGGAACGAGGGAAUUGGGGGAGGGAAAAGUUGGAUUUGGGGUCUUCUUAUCCUGCUCUGAUUCCGUUGGAAAUAAACUCAUCCUACCCCAAAUCCCGAGU